UAAAACAUUAACUCCGGUAGGAGUAGGUAGCCUAGUCAACAUAUUAUCUUCUUAACGUUAUAUGACAUUUAUGUUAAUAAGUCAUUGUCAUAGAACGAGAGAGAGCAAGCGAGGGAAAGAGAAAUUUAAUUAACGACAGGGGACAGAUGAAAGAAGAACAGCAGUUCGGUGAUAUUCGUUCACGUGACCCUUUGGAUUAUAGAAACAGGAAAAUUCAGCGCGCGCUGUGAUUUGAUAAUGCGCGUUCUUCACGCUAUGAAGGAUGAUAACGUGGAAAAUUAAAGGGCGCGAGGACUAUAGAGGGGACACAACGCACUUCAGAUGUGCAGAAAGUAAUUCGGAGUGGUUUUAUUACCGACUGAAGACAGUAAACAUUACGUUUUUUUAAUGGACCACAUUAAUGGACAUCAGACGCAGCCGAGAGGGGCAUGGCGUUAAGCAGACUUCUGCUGCUGUGCAUGGUAGCCUCUGAGGUGUGGAAUGCUGAAACCAGGCCCAUAGACUUUGUGUGUGACAGAGAGUCCAGGAGGGACAUGAACACUGUGGCAGAGAUGGCGGCUGCUCUGGCUGAUUGUGACGCCUUGAAGAUGCUCCCGUCCCCCAUUCAGCUCCCCUGCAUCAAGGUUCACAAGGCUUCCUGGGAAAGGAAAUCAGCCCAGGAGAAGAAGGGGGACAUAGCUGCAACUCUGAGGGCUUUGUCUAGGAGUGUGAGUGUGGUUAAGACUCUGAGCCAGCCUGGCUGUGCCGCAACUCUGCUGGAGAGACUGGAGCACACUGUCAACAACUACCUACACAUAAUCACACACCUGGACAUCAGGGGGUCAGUGGAGAGCCCGUUGUUUUCAUGUACCGCUGAGAGUACCCACAGCCUGAGCACGGUUCUGUGGACUUUCAGCAGACUGAUCACUGGAAAGAUGGAAUGGCUUAUGGCUGACCUGACCCAUGGGUGCCCCUGAAGAGGAAGGAGGGGAGGGAGCUACUUCAGAGUAUUGAGACGCACCCAGAUAAGUGAGGAGGCUAGGGAGCUGCUGUAGAGUAUUGUCAUGCACCCAGAGAGGAGAGGCAAUGUGGAGAAGGGAGGUGCUCAGAGGGGAAAUGACAGCCUGAAAGCUGUCACUCACGAAGCAGACCUUUCUCUGGUUGGUUACACAUUAGAGACAGUAAAGACUUGUAAUGAAACAUGGAGAUACGUCACCCUCUGCUGGUCAUUAUUUGGAACGACAGCUCACUGUUUCCGGCAUUCAGCUUAGACUGACUGCAUGCUGUUUCUGCAGUAAAACCAGGACAAAAGGAAUAAAAAUGUACAUGCUACAUAUUAGAGACAAUUGACCCAAUUGAUGGCUUGCAUUUCAUGGCACCUACCAACAGAGCACUUGGAACACAUGUCAAGCAUUUGGAUGCAAUCAGUCCACUCUUAGUAUUUUUUAUUUAUUGUUCACUGUACAUUACAUUAGUUUUAUAACUGUAUUUUUUUUAUUAAUUCAUUAAUCAGGCUAUAUAAAUAUGGUUAUAUUUGUAUGUCAUUAUUACAAUUAAAUCCUCAAAGGAAAUUGUAACUGUCCUCAAAAUGUCAAAUUAUACACGUUAUAAUUAAACUUUUCUGAAAGUAAUACAAAUAUUGUCUGAAAC